GUGGUCCGCGGCGCGGUUCUGAGAUGCGGCCGAGGGCGGGUUUCUUUUAAGGCUGCACGAAACGUCGGCCCACUCCCGAGUCGCAAAAGCCCCGUGCACCCAAGCGGAGAGGGUUCCACAGUGUCGUGGACCGCGGCCCAGUAGGUGCCGAGUCUGUAAGCGGAGGAGGAUCACUUGGAAGUCGAGCUCCGGGGUUACACGAAGCAACCGUCCAGGAUGACAAGGAUCUGCAGGACUGUCGCCUCGCUUCUGGUCGUCCUCAGCGCCACCUGGGCCGCCGUACUUGGAGCAGCGCUGCAGUACGGCUGGGGAAUGCCUUACUAUGGUUACGGCCUGGGCGGCUUGUACGGCAUGGGCUACGGAUUGGGCUACGGCAUGGGCGGCUACGGCAUGGGCGGCUUAGGCAUGGGCUACGGCUUGGGCUACGGCAUGGGUUACGGCCUGGGCUUCGGACUUGACUACGACUACUACGGCAUGGGUGGUCUGGGCAUGUACGGCAUGGGCAUGUACGGCUUUGGCAAGAAGUGAGCGCUGCCGAGACGACGACGUCACCGGCACGGCGAGUGACGUCACAAGCAACCAUCGUGAAGGGCCCGCAAGCGAGAGAGAGAGGCCAGGGAAGGACAGCUCGCCGAGGACGACGCAGCUGGCAUAAAAAAAAAGUGCGUCUCUUGCCAACA